ACACAAUUUUUUACAAGUGAAAAUAUUACUCUUUUAUCAAAAAAAUAAAUAACUGUAUAUAUUAGAAUUUCGUCGAUUGCAAUUAAAUUCUAUAAAAAUUAUACGUACUACGUAACUCUAGCAUGAAGUGCUUUAUUCAAAAUUGUGUAAAUAGUCAUAGAAUUAACAAAAUAUGUGAAAGCAGUGCAUCGAAUCCGCAUAAAAUCACUUAUCAUUCUUUCCCAAAAGACCCGAAGCAGCGCGCAGCGUGGCUUGAAUCUCUGUCAUUACCGAGUUUCAUGGUGACUCCGAAACAUGUGAUAUGUUCGGAACACUUCAACGAGGAUGACUUUUAUAUAACUAAACUUGGUACGAGAAGAAUUAAAUAUGGUGUCGUACCUGAAACAAAUUAUGAUCUACAGCAGCCUGCAAACAGAGUGUGCAAAUUGUGUCUGAAAAUAGAUGCGAAAAUAUAUGAUCUCAAGGAAGACAGUUUAAAUAAAAUGUAUCAAUAUGUAAUCGGGAUUGAGCCGCGGACAGACUCCAAGGAUAGGUUUCCAAUGAACAUAUGUUGGGAAUGUAAAGCGCGGCUGCAUUCAGCGGCCUCUUUCAAAUAUAAAGCGCUGACCAGCGAUCAAUUGCUACAGGAACAUUUGAAUUGCCAUGAAGAGCUAAACAUAACUGAAAUAUCAAAUCUUCAUCGAGAACAUAACUUAAAAUCAAGUUUAAUCGUUGAAACAAUAGAUACUUUUAACUGUGAAAUUGAAACACACAGUUACACAGAAUCAGAUACACUAGUUAAAACAGAAACUGUAGGAUUUACUUUUGAAGAAGAUAUAGAUGACAAUUCACAAAUAGAUGAAAUAGUGAUAAAAAAUGAAAGUAAAAUCAAUGAAGAUGAAACGAAAGCUGAAAUAGAAAUAAUACCCAACAAUAGUCAAGAUAGCUUUCACAGUGAAGCUCCUAAAGUAAAUUGGGAUAACAUUAUACUAGUAAAGGCUCCUACGGUUGUUGAUAAUCAAUUCAAUAUAACUGUUUUUGAUAACAAUUCCAAAAUGGCGGAUAUAAGUGAAACAAAUGAUGAUUCUUUUGAUAUAAAUAUGGACGAUGGUAAUGAGAAAAUGGUGGCUAAAAAACCUGUGAAACGGAGGACGAGGAAAAUAGAAACUUCAAAGAAUCGAUGGAGUGUACCACAGAAAAAGCCAUACGUGAAACCGACUACACCUAUAGACGAGACUGUGUUUACAGUGAAAUCUCUAACUCAAGAGCGGCUAAUAGAAGAAGUUAUGGCGCGCAAGAAUAGUGCAAGAUAUUUGAAGGCUCCCUAUAAAUGUACAGUCUGUUAUAAGGGAUUCCCUAGUGAGGAUAAAUUGGACAGACAUAGUAUGAAGCAUAGUGAGAAAGCAGGUCCGUUAAAAUGCGUGAUAUGUAAGGUCCGUAUGAAACUGGGUAGACAGAUGCGGGCACAUAUGAAGAAACAACAUACUUCCGAGUUUAUAUGUAAACUCUGCCCACUGGUCACGAGAAAUAGGCACGUAGCACUCGGGCAUAUGAAGUUCCACGCUGGCAGUAAGUACAUGUGUCCUCAGUGUGGGGUGCAAUUUGAAAAACAAACGACACUGUUGAAUCACUUGCGCCUCAAACACAUGUCUGACUGUGUUUGUGAGCUGUGCGGGUAUACCUUCGUCGGGGACAACGGAGUGCGCGCUCACAAGCGGUUGAGACAUAAAUUCGACGACAAAAAUCAGCCACUAAAAGGUCCGCACUGUGAAGUAUGUGACAUCAAGUUCUUGAACAGAAAGGCUUACAGCAAACAUCUGCGACUCUCCUCAAAACAUUUAAAGAGUGAAGAUGACCCCAACCGCCUCAGCAAUGAUCCCUCAAUAAAGACGCGUCGACUCGACAGAACCACUGUCCCUGUACGUCGCACCAGAAUACACAGGCGUGAAGAUAUCGACGUACCACUCAUUAAUGGAAUUGUCACAUGCGAACAGUGCGGCGUAGAAUCCGUCGGAGUCCGAGCAUAUUCACGUCACUUUCGCCAUGCACACCCGGGGCUACUUCCCGCGCAGUGCAACACACAGGUCACUCCCUACAUGUGCGAGCAUUGCGGGAAAAUGUUCAUGAAUACAACAACUUUAGAAGGUCAUAUGUGGGUACAUACAGGACAGAAAAGGUUUCAGUGCGAUCACUGUAGCAAGACUUUCAGUAUGAAGUCGAAUCUAGCCGGACAUAUGAAACAGCACGAGCCGGUGCGCGCGUCGUUUGCAUGCCAGCUCUGUGGGAAACUUUUCGCCUUCAAUCAUAAUCUAACGAGACAUUUACGUGUACAUACAGGAGAAAGGCCGUUCAAAUGUGAUGCGUGCGAGAAAACAUUUAGGACCAGUGGAGAACUGAAGGCGCAUGUAGACCAUGUACAUUUGAAGAUACCUAGACCGAAACGUAACAGACGGAAAGCUAGGAAAUGUGAUAUACCUACUUUAGAGUACUGACUGCUUAAGUUUAGUCAGAGCCGUGUCUAAGGCAAAUUAGACAAGGGACCCAACAGGGCUGAUGCCGAUUCGGAGUCGCGGAGAACCUAACGGGUAACCGGGGCUCCGGCUCGACGUGCAGGAGA